AUCUAAAAUUUUUGCCAUUAGACAAUAAUGCAACAAAAGAAUUUACAAUGCGAUAAAGAAGUUGACUUUAGAAGAUUUAAAGUUACAGAGGCUCCCGCUGAUGCUUAUUACAUACCAAAUUUUAUAACAACAGCCGAAGAGGAUGAAUUAUGGCACCAGAUAUAUCACGCACCAAAACCAAAGUGGACACAGUUAUCCAAUAGACGACUUCAAAACUGGGGUGGAUUACCUCAUCCUAAGGGUAUGAUUGCUGACGAAGUUCCUCCUUGGUUGGAUAAGUAUCUAGUUAAACUUCAUCAAAUGGAGGUUUUUGAAGAUAAAAGGCCCAACCAUGUGUUAGUGAACGAAUAUCUUCCGGGACAAGGAAUAAUGGCUCAUUUGGAUGGCCCUUUAUUUUAUCCAAUCAUUGCAACAAUAAAUCUUGGUUCGCAUACAGUCUUGGACUUUUACUCACUUCGCAAUGAGCAGAAAAAACACGAGGAUGAUUUGGAAUCAUCUCCAAAAGAUCGCUACAUUGGUUCGUUUUUAUUGGAGCAGAAAAGUUUGGUGUGUUUUAAAAACGAUUUGUAUCAUAUUUACAUGCAUGGUAUCGAAGAAGUGUGCGAAGAUGAUUUGAAGGAGAGACAUUUCUUCAAUAAGCAUUCUGUAGAAUUGGAUCUAACUAAGUCUCCCUUAAAACGUAGCACAAGAAUUUCUUUGACGAUCCGAAACUUUCCAAAAAUUUUAAAUGUUAAAUUAAAGUUUGGAAUCCGGUGAAAAAUCGAGAAAUUACACGUUGUGCAUUCAUUAACAAGAUCUUGGUACGAUCAACUUUUAAUUGCUACUUCGCUAUUGCUUUGUAUAUCCGAGACUGGAUUUUCAGCAAACCACAAUGUUGUAAUAUGUACGAACUGACCCAACAUACAUGUUUAUGUUCGAAGAUUCAAUCGUUUUCUGAGAAAUGAAAACGAAAGAGUAAUUUUCAAGUAAAAAAAGUUUCCCACUCAACUGAGUGCCUUUUAAAUAUCAGAGUGUUAGAAAACUUUCGCGAGAGAAACUUACGCGAGUGUAACAAAGUCAAGAAGUUUUUUCGAUAAAUUUUCGCGAGUCUGCAUAUUGAAAAUUUUUUACUAUCUCUGAAAUUGAAGUUUUUUUCGUUCAUACUGAUCAAAUGGCCUUUAUUAGCAAUAUUGGGAUACAUACGUUUGAGGCAUUGUCAUUUUAUUUUAUUUUUUUAAUUCUAUGCAAAUAUAUUUUCAAGUUUUGCAAGGUAAAACAUUUUACGCCAGAACAUCAACGUGUAAUGUUUGUAGUUACACUUUUGCCAUCGACAAUUAGAAAGUUUUUACUAAAUAAAUAUUUGCGAAUAGUCCUUUUUAAAACUUUUGCGGGAAAAUGCUAAAAUCGCGGUAUUUGAUAGCAGGCCAACAAAUUUAUCAGCAGAAACGUUGACAGCAACUGACAGACACUCAAACCAACUUCCACCAGGUGAGUGUACUCCCGUGAUCGGAGGAAAUUUUCUAAAUUUUAGCCCUGAGUGGGAAAGAAUCACCUGUGACAAGUGGAGUGUGAAUGUUGUGAAGCACUGGAAUUGAGUUUCAAUUCUUCACGUGUCUUCUCCGACCCCAAUCUUGUUUUCAAAGGAAGGAAAAUACAUUACCGGAUGAAAUUUCGUGUGAACCAAUUUUUUUUUUGCGGCUUAACUUUUUUUUUUAAUUUUUGCGGAUGCAACGUGGUUAGAAAUAAUUUAAAGUUUAAGUAGCAAACAGAAUUAGUAUAACAUACAAAAACAUAAAAAAGUUCUUACAAUAAAAAGUUGGCAAAUAGCGUUGCCAUCUUUUAUAUCUGCUUCGUAUUCUGAUUCUGAAGAGUCGCCAUAGUCAAAGUGGCAUGCGGAUUAUCUUUUGUUCCUCUGCUGCAAAAAUGUCAACAAAAUUGGUGAUUCUGAAGAUUGUUAUUACUAGGUAUAUUUUUUAUGUUGUAAUUGCAGUUCAAGAAAGUUGUUCUGAUCCAUGUUUUAUGUUAUUUCUAAUCAACAUUGUUUCCAGCACCUUUUUGACUCGCCAUCCUAGUGAAAGAAGACAAAAUAGCAACAGCAGCAAAAGAAAAACAGUGUAAGAAUUUAAUUAACACAUCAUAAAUGACUACUUUAAAGUCUGUCAUAGAUGUUGUCACAAGAGAUUGCUAUAUGGCAAGUAUGUGUUCCAAGGAUACUUAUUUUGCUGUUCGUAUGAAACAGCAGCAUAAAAAAUACCUCGGUUUUCAGAAAAUAAAAGUUUUCCUAACUAGAGAAAAUUGCUACUCUAAUAUUCGUGAUGAAAUGAUGCAUUCAAAAACAUGUAACUAUAUGAUUUUAUGAACUUCCAUUUCCAAAAAGAUCCAAGGUUUGGAUGGCUAAACAAUAUUCGAAGCGCCCUUUCUACUGUCAUUAAUAGCUACCGCCCACAGUACAUCAUUCGGCAGUAAUUCUUUUGUAUGUCAGUUUAUGAAAUAUGUGGAAUGCCCACUCAAAGUUACGUCAUUAUUUGGAUUUCAGACAAGGUGUUGAGUUUUAGUUUUGUGUUUGGGACAAAACAAGCAGCUCUCCUUAAUUUAUCUCGUCGAAAAGCGGCUGAAAAUCCAAACUGGUUUAAAUGGUCACGAGAUUCCGGUGGAAUCUUUUAGUAGUAAUUAGACCCCAGAUAAGUGAAUUAGAAGCACUUGGAAGUUGGAAGUUUAUUUAAGCUUUUUAGGGAUUUUAUAAGCACCCAUGCAAAAUGUUUGAUACUGAUGAACCAGAAAGAGUUCUGCCGAUAGGACUCUCGCUGAGGUUCACAGGAAAAUGAAUGACCUUCAAAAGAGAGUAUAUAGUUGGAUGGAUGAAGAGCUUCUUGUGACAGCUCAAAAUUCAAGUCAAUAAUCUUCAUCAAAGAGAAGUUCUAGAGGCAGUAUGAGAUCAUCGUCAAUUAAAAAGUUCAUUGAGUUUAAAGUAAAAGAAGAGAAAGCUAGGAUUGUUGAGUUACAAAUUGAAACUGUUUUUUUACAGAAACAGCAAGAGCCAGAACUAACAAAAAAGCAAAUACAAGUUCAGCUUGAUAUGGCAACAGCAUCUACUAAGUUGAGAAUAUACUCAGCAGAAACUGAAUUUGAAGAUGGAAAAGUAGAAAAAGUUGACUUACGAAUAACUGAAUAAAGAAUAGCUGCAAACCUUCCGAAAAAGAGCUGUUUGGCAACGCAAGCGACGUUGCUUCCAAGAUGGCGAUAUUGUAAUUUUGAAAGAUGAAUGUGAUCAUCGUUUUGAUUGGAAAUUGGCAGGGGUAAUAAACACUGGUUCGAUCACUGAUGGUGUAGUGGUAGCGCAUUCGGCUUGUAAUCAUAAGAUUUCAUGUUCGAGUCCCCUCUGCAGUGCACUUUAAAUGCACUGUUGUCAGCCCACCUGGUGCCAUCUACUGACCGCUAAUCGGCUUGUGUGGCAGGCAAGCAGGUUAGAGCAAUGCUAUACGUAUCUCUAACGGUAAUGUAACAUAGUUACAGUCGGAGGGGAGAAAGAGCCAGCUGUUGGGAUGGAAUUCCCAAGGACGUUAAAAAUUACAAUUGAAAACUGCAUUUAAUCGACAUGAACUAGUGCGUCCAAUACAUAAGUUGGUGUAACUUGUCAAAAAUAAUUAAAAAAAAACGAAUUUCAAUCGGGAGACAUGGUUCUAUAGAUUUUUAUUAAUAUGUAUUAGUUUUUGUCAAGAUGUAAGGUACCAUCUUGAGGCGGGGGCAUGUUGUUGCUCCUAAUGCACAGCAAUGCCAGCAUUUAGGUAUCCCUGGAGACUGUGUUUUAUUUUGUAGCAUUUGUGUAACGUUACAGUUGAUGAACUUUAUGUUACUUGUUACUAUUUUAAUAUAUGUUAAUGAUGUCUUGUUCCUCUGUUCUCAUGCAUUUUAACGACCUAUUGUAAUACGGUUAAAGUUAUUUUGUGUUUUAUAAAAUAGGCUUUGUUGCAUUUUAAAUCUGCAGCAUAUAAUAGAUUGUGUCGUGAUUUAGUAUAUGAUUGUGGAGUUACUUGUGUGUGAUAUUUUCUGGUGGUGGUUUUUGUCUAUGUUUAUAUUAGUGUAUGUUUAUUCUUAGUCUCAUAUACUGUUCCACAUGCUUUCCAACAUGUUUGAUGUGUUGGGUAUAUGAGAUCUUUAUCUAGUUUUGUCCGUGGUAGGGGUGGGUUUUUUAUGUGUGUUUGUUUGCUUUGCUUUCCUUUCAUUUAUAAUUUUUGUAGUUUUACUAAGUAAGGUUUUGUAUUUUUGUUUAGCUUUUUGGACUAAAAUAAUGUAUCGUGUGUUGAACCAAUCUUAGCGUCCACUUGUUGGUGCGUGCGACACUAAUAAGGACUUAGAC